UCUCUCUCUUCCCACUUCCUCAAAGUGGUCAGAGCUCCUCUCUUUUCUGUUGUCCUCUCUACAUCCCUCCACCACUCUACGUCUUCCUCCUCCAGCUGCGAGAGCGACCAGCACCGGCUCGGCCCAUUUGUCAUUUACCUUCACAAGUUAAAAGGAUCUCAGGCCACUACUUUUUUCCAAACUUCCCAGGAAGACUUUAUUUUCAUUCUUGACCUUUUUUGGUCCUUCACUCUGCCCCUCUAAGGAGCCCAGUUGCUGUGUGUAUCCGGCGUGUGUGCGGCAGCCUGUACGAGGACUCUGGUGUCUUGCUCUUUGCCCUGAGGGAGUCCCUAAAGGUUGUGACUGGAGGAGAAAAGUUUUCAUCACAAUGAAUGUUCAGCUGCUGCUCCUGUUGGCCCUGGUUGGCCCUUUCUGUGCCUUCACGCAUGCAAGCCCCACGGAGCUCCCUGUAGACGCUACAGCCUCCGAGGCUGCAGCAGAUGUCAGAGAUGCGACAGCUAUGCCUUCAACAGAGGACCUUAAUGUAGUCACCGGUCCUGCUCCAACUGAACCAGCGACGGCCCCUGCAGAGGUCACAGAAGAAGAAGCUGUCACUGAGGCAACACCUCCUUCCAUUACGGUUAAUACUGAAGAGCCUGUUGUUGAGACACACGCCCCUGCUGCUACUGAAGCACCGAAACCCAUCACCACUGACCCUCCUUCUGUGGAGACCGCAGCCCCCUCCACUGAGGCUGAACUCACAUCCAAGGUGACAGCAUCUGCUGAGACAGAGAUGGAUGAAGAGGCGUACAAAGGGGGCCUGAGCUCCGGCCAGGUAGUUGGCAUCGUGAUUGGUGCUCUGUUGGCAGUUGUCAUCGUCAUCGCCGUGGUGAUAGCCACGGUGAGGAGGAUGGGAAAAUACUCUCCUUGAGGAAAAAACCAGCCAAGCAGCAGGAGCGCCUAAAGUUCUGGAAAUUCUGAACUACUGAACUGUGACGUCAUUUCCGAUCAUUAAAACAUGCACGAUACCAGAACUAAACCAAUCUCACCAGUGGACUCUGGACUGCCAAAAAAGAGGGGGGAGGGGGGAGGGGGGCUUGUGUGUGUUUAUGUAUGUAUUGUAUGUGUGUGAGACAAGAGGGGUACAUGAGCAAACAUCCUCACCUCCCCCGCUACCUCCCUGACCCCCUCAAGCCGCUAAUAUAAAAGGCUCUGUCCUCCCCUGCUCCUUCAGAGAGAACAAAACAAAAUGACGGCAGGAUGUCACAAAGAAUUUCAGGGCUUUUCAAAUUUAUUUUGUUAAAAAAGAAAGAGAAGUAGGGAAUUAUCUGACCUGUCGGGGGAGAGCUCUCUCCUUUCAAGUGACAUAGUGACUUAGAUUUGCAUUGAAGUUUGUGAAAAGGACAUAAAAAUGGAAAAUACUGAGAAAAAAAGGAAAUUAAAUACACAUAGAAAAUGGGAACAGGAAAGAUGCGAGAGAGACUGUAACAAAUUCCACAGGAUGUAUAUACAAUGCAAGGGGACUACAUAGUAUACAGCUAAUGACUUUCUCAUAAUGCAGUUGCAUAGGCUAGCAUUCGUUAUUAUGGAACACACAGUACAUGCAGGCAGCCUUGGGCUAUUGUCGUGGCCUUAAAAACACCCCUGAGCACCAGUUAUUAGAAUUUCUCAUGUAGCCAGAAUCCCUGAUAUGUUGUCCAACUGUAUGAAGCACCGUGUGCAGAAGUUGUUCUGACAUAACACUCACAAGCUCCGUUAGCUAGCACGGGGCGAAGAGAAAAAGAAACGGCACCCUAAUUUGCAAGAGUAACGUGACAUUCUGCCCACUUUAACACUGACAUAUAAAAACCUAAUACAUAUCUGUGAAAUUUAGCAGAAGGGUUUGUGCCACUGUCUCUGGUAUUCUCUAGGGUAGGAUGAUUUUAACUUUUGAAGUGCAUUAUUAAUGUGAAUUGACUGUACUUUUUAACUGCCACCCAUUCCAAAAACAACAGCUGUGUUGACUUCUGGUUUGCUCCAUAUGAAGGCUUACACACAGCCAGUGGUUGUUAGAAAUAGUGAUAGCAUUGUCUUUGCAAUGUAUUCAUAGUACUUCUGUUAAUAGGCAGACUACCAGAACAGCCAUCCAGUCUUUUAAUUGAGCUAACCCCAGAUUGCGUGCACAGGAUGACAUUUUAUAGUUGCACUUAGUUUUAGUGCACAGUGUUAGGCAGUAAUGCCCUUUUUGUUAUUUUUGCAAUUGUAAGUGUGCUAAAUGGGUGUAAAAAUUAUGAAGUCUCAUCUUAGCUCCGCUUGCUUUACAAACUCGUUUAAAUGUGCACUGAAUGAGUGAUGUAAUGUUUAAUGAAUAGGCUUUAGACACUGCAAACGUUUGCAACGACAGACAUGUGUUUGUGUCCUCCCUUCUGCUUUGCCACAUAUUAUCAGUCCUAGAUCUUUAAUUUGUGCCAUCUUAUUUUUUUGAACCUUUUAUUUAAUUGCAGUGUUUUUGUUCAUACUGUUUCAAUAAAAAACUGAAAACUGAAAAUA